GGCAGCCAGACAGGAGGAUGAAGCUGACUUUAACAGACGAUACUGAAGAUGUCUCACUUGACUUUGGCAAUGAGGAAGAGCUGGCGUUAAGGAAAGCAAAGAUCAGGCACCCGCUGGCCACCUUCUUCCACCUCUUCUUCAGGGUGAGCGCAAUCAUGACCUACCUGUUCUGUGACUGGUUCAGCAAGAGCUUCAUCGCUUGCUUUGUUGUCAUCCUCUUGCUGCUGUCCUUUGACUUCUGGUCUGUGAAGAAUGUCACUGGAAGGCUCCUGGUUGGCCUGCGCUGGUGGAACCAGAUCGACGAAGAUGGGAAAAGCCACUGGGUGUACGAAGCCAAAAAGGUCCCUUCCAGCAUAGCUGCCCCCACAGAAGUUGAGGCUCGGAUCUUCUGGCUGGGGCUGAUCAUAUGCCCCGUCAUCUGGACCAUUUUCUUUUUUAGCACGCUGUUUUCCUUGAAGCUGAAGUGGCUGGCACUUGUGAUAGCCGGCAUCGCCCUUCAAGCUGCUAACCUGUAUGGCUACAUCCACUGCAAAUUAGGAGGAUUAAAAAACCUCCACAAAAUUGCCGGGAGGUUCCCAGCUCAGCAGAUAUUCCAGAAGGACAUGCCAGAGGGAUUUCAGAAGACAGUUCUGAAGGGGAUUGGAACAUGAAAAUCACAAGAUUCCACUGGGUCAAAUUGGCAGAUGCCAAGGGGGAUUUGCAUUCUUGAUAUGAAACACCAUCAACCACC